AUGUCUGCUGGUGCGAAAGCGAAUGAUUUAAUAUGUACAACUGCUGCGGCAAAGCAUCGAACAAAUUUACGAUCGACGUGGGACGGGACAUCGGUGACUACCCUCUCUUCGCUUCCGUGGAGCUGCCUUCGCGUUAGGUACCACGACUUGUUUGAAAAUUACGUGUCUACUAUAAUGAUGAAUAGACGACGCGCAUACGCUACAAGUUGUAAAUGUCAAAUCGCAUAG